AUGAUCCCGACCAAAGGCGUCCUUUCCAAGCUGCCAUCAUCAUGGGUUCCAUAUGCUGAACUUUCUCGCAUCGAGAAGCCUGGUGGUCUAUAUGGCUUUUAUAUGGCCUACCUCAUUGGCCUCGGCUAUGGUUACAUGUGGUAUGCCGCGCAGACCGUGGGCGCAGGGGCUGCUAUUGCCUGCCUGCCGAGUCCAAUGCUUGCACUUGCUUACGCAGUGCCCAUCCAGCUGAGCGUCAGCUUGUACCCCCUUGCCAAGCGUCAUACAGACUUCCCACAGCUUGUCCUCAGCGCACCCAUUGCUGGUGGCGUUCUCAUGGCUGCUGCCUCUCUGGGCAUGGACCCGUUCACGACGUCUGCCACCGGCUUUCUGUUCAUGUCACAUUAUAUCUGGACGACUAUCUUCGACUACGUGAAUGCAUGCCAGGACACCGCCGAUGAUAUCAAGGCCGGUGUGAGGAGUAUGGCCGUCCGCUAUCAGAACACCAGCCUCUUCAUAUCCACGCUUGGCGCCGCACAGGUUGGAUGCCUGGCUGCCACGGGUGUCUUGGCUGGCUUUUCUCCUGUCUAUAUGAUCGGAGCAGUUGGCGGUAAUGCGCUUUGGCUAGCGGCAAUGGUUUUGACCGUCAAACGAACGAGACCAGAUAUAUCUGCGGCAUUGUUUGCAGAGUAUCACAGCAAGUCGGACGGGUUGGAGGACGCCGAGGUCGAUGAAUAA